ACAAAAUCACACCCCCAAAAUCAUCCAAACAUAUCAUGUCUACUUCCCUCUCUGAAAUUCACUUCUCAGUUCUUCCCCCAUUCAUUCCAUGCCUUAUCUUCAUCAACAAUGGCCAUUUCCACUUCUUCAGAGUGGUCCUUAGCUUACAUUCAUUGCAUCAAAAGAACCCACAAAAACCUCACCUUCAAUCCAUCCAAAAACUCCCCGAUUCUUCUCUUCAUUUCUCCCCCUUUCUCAUCAUCUUCAAGAAUCUUGAUCCUCAAUUCAUCGACAAGUUGUCCACCACCAAUAUUAGACGAUGAGGAGUCCACCGAUUCUUCCCUCAUCGAAUUGGACCUGGAAGUUGAAAAUCUUGGAGAUUCAUCCGUACCCCAUCAGGAGAAUCUCAAUCAAUUGAUAUGCAAACUGUUGAAGGAUCCAAAAACUGAAGAAAUAGGUUUCGAGAGUUACCAGAAGGCCAAAAGAACACCAGAUUUUACACCCACGAGAUCGACAUUGCAUAAUCUAAUCAGGUACUCGCUGCGUUUGAAGAAUUGGAAUUCAAUUUGGUCAAUUUCCGAUGAUUUUGGGAAAUUCAAGGUCUACCCAAGUGCUUCAUCCUGUUGUAGAUUAAUCAGUAGUUGCAUUCGAGCCAAGAGAUUUAAACUUGCUAAUCAUUUGCUUCAUAUUCUAAAAUUUGAAAAAGAAGUUGCCAUUUUAAGUUUUAAUGCUGCCAUUCGAAGCUAUAACAAGCUUCAUAUGUAUAGUAGUUCAGUCAACGUGUACGAUAUUAUGAAAUCUUUUGGUAUGCAAUUAGACGGGGAAUGUUACGGACGCACCAUGGAAGCUUAUCUGAAAAUGGGGAAGAACGAUAAAGUCAUUUCCUUGUUUAAAGAAUUCGAAUCAAGCAAUCUCGAAUGGACACCUUUUUGCUCACAAAUCUACAGGAUUUUAAUCGAAUCUUUAGCAAAAUCAGGAAAACCAUUUCAAGCUCUAGAUUACUUUCGUGACAUGAUCAAGAAAGGGUUCCCAGAAGACCCUUCUUUUUACUCAACAUUAAUCAGUUCAUUUGUAGCCAUUCAAGAAGUGAAAAUGGUAGAAGACCUUACGAAAGAAGCCGAAGCGAAGAACAUGUUAAGAGACCCAGCAGUCUUUUUAAAGCUCGUUUUGAUGUACAUCGAACUCGGGUCACUCGAAAAGACACUCGACGUUGUUUCUUCAAUGAAAAAAGCAAACAUUAAAGUUUCAGAUUGUAUCUUUUGUGCUAUCGUAAACGGGUUCUCAAAGAAAAGAGGUUUGACUUCAGCAGUAAAGGUCUACGAAGAGUUGACCGCAGAAGGUUGCCACGCUGGACAAGUGACGUAUGCUUCUAUCCUAAACGUUUACUGUCGUGUCGGGCUUUAUGAAAAAGCCGAAGAGGUGUUUUGGGAAAUGGACAACAAAGGGUUCGAUAAAUGUGUUGUGGCGUAUUCUAGCAUGAUUGCAAUGUAUGGGAAACAAAACAGGAUUCGAGACGCCAUGCGGCUGUUAGCUCGCAUGAAAGCACGUGGGGUGGAACUCAACGUGUGGAUUUACAAUUCUCUCCUUGACAUGCAUGGGAAAGUGUUGAACUUGAGGCAAGUUGAGAAGAUAUGGAAGGAGAUGAAAAGAAGGAGACUUGUGGCUGAUAAGGUAAGUUAUACAAGUGUCAUAAGUGCUUAUAGUAAGGCAAGAGAGUUUGACACGUGUAUGAAGUAUUACAAUGAGUAUAGGCUUAAUGGUGGUGGGAUUGAUAGGGCUAUGGGUGGGAUUAUGGUAGGGGUGUUUUCGAAAAUGAGUAGGGUGGAUGAAUUGGUGAAGCUUUUGCAGGAUAUGAAAGCUGAAGGAACAAGUUUGGAUUCAAGGCUUUAUAGAUCUUCUUUGCAUGCUCUUAGGGAUGCUGGUGUGCGUAUUCAAGUUAAGUGGUUGGAAGAGAGCUUUGAUCCAAACUAAAUUGACAACGUUUAGGAAAUUAAAAAAAUUCCUGAUAUAAUGAUUUGUAUUUUAUGCAAUUAAACUUGUAAAUUCAUGUGAUGUGGGUUCUUUUUGCUGAAAGAUUAUAUUUUUAAUAUUUGAAGAUGCAUAUAAGAAAAUGUUAAUGGCAUUAAAAUUCAAUCAACUUUCACAAA